CGUCCUUCCAAGCCAACCCCAUCCCCGAAAAAAUUCACACCAAUUCCCCCCCUAUCGUACCACGCGCAAUUUGCUGUUUGUUUCUUUCGGGUCUCUGCCCACUGCUCCGCUACCCUGCGCUGCACCGCUGCACCCUUGUUCCAGCAGAAUAGGAAACAAGAAGCAAACAUACUACGGGACUCUAAGCAGGAACUUUUGAGGGGAAACAACCCAAAUCCCUCAACCCCUCCAAAAGGCAAAAGGAGAAGUAAGGGGGCCGCAAAAAAUAAGAGAGAAACGCGGCAAGACGCUCAACCAUCACCUUUGCCCUGCCGUCACCCCGUUCGGUUCCCGGUUGAUCCACAUUACGGACCUGGGUCAGAUAGUGGCAGGCCUAUGCCUCUCGGCCGCUCCCGCUCCAUCACGGGCAGCACCCGGCUAUCUGACCGACCGGUGCUCGACCUGACCUGGACUAGGCGAACUCGGAGGUGACGCCGAUCCCGACCUAUCGUCCGCCGUUUCCCCACCCCCUUGGCCGCCCUUCCAACUUCUCAUGGCCUCCAAUGCCGUCGAUCAUCCCAGUCCCGCCGGCUCCGUCGCUUCAUCGAUGACCCCCGGCCUAAAUCACAACAAAAAGCGUAGUGCCCCCCAUCAGCAACUCAGCCCGCCAGGCUCCGGCAAUACCGACUCCCACACUCCGGCCGGCGCCGGCGCCGGCGCCUCGCCUACUUCUCAGCCACCCGAUGACACGAACAACAAGAAACGUCGCGCCGGUCCCGGCUCCAGGGGCGUUGCCAACCUGACUCCCGAGCAGCUAGCCAAGAAGCGCGCAAACGACAGGGAAGCCCAGCGAGCCAUCCGGGAGCGCACCAAGAAUCAGAUCGAGGCCCUUGAGCGCCGCAUCCAAGAAUUGACCUCGCAGCAGCCCUACCAGGACCUGCAAGCCGUCCAGAGGGCCAAAGAGGCCGUCGAGGCCGAGAAUGCCGACUUGAAACGCCGCUUGGCGACCUUUAUCGCCUCCAUUCAACCGCUUAUUUCUUCCUCUCCGCCAGCUCAACCCCCAGUAGAAUCUCAUCCCGUCUUCCCUUCCCCUAGCGGAAGCUACUCGCAGGUCCACCAGCCCAACGGCGGUGGCGGCGUCUGCGCCAACAACGCGUCCACACCCAACAGUGCCGCCUCGCCAGCCUCCAUUGAUCCCACCGCCGGCUGGCAGGCGACGCCGGGGAGCGGUGUUCCGGACCUGUCCUCCCCGAACCACAUGUUUGCCGCGAGUAAGAUGCUGAAUCAGCAGCGGCAAGAUCUUCGUCACGGGCUCGACCUCGGUCCGGAGAAGCUGGGCCUGGACUUCCUCCUCGACCAAAAUGCUCACAUUGGCAAGAUCCAGAGUGGUGUCAAUGGCGCCCAGGAUUCCCCCAAUUAUCACCAUGUCCCCAUGAAGCAUGACUGGACAGGCGUUGGCUCGGUUCAACAUAGUCGAAGCCCGUCCCUGAGCGGACCAACCGUCCACACCCCACGGUCACAGGUGGACUAUCCGUUGCCUGCACCCCCUGAGCCGAGGGCCUUGGCAAGCUACUCGGCAGAAGUCAAAAACUGCGGGCCGACCUGUCCCCUCGACAGCCUUCUCCUCGACUUCCUCCACGAGCGCCGCCAACGUGCAGCCGACGGUCUCUCGACGCAAGAGAUCAUCGGUCCGCGGUACCCCUCGGUCCUCUCGCUGCUCAACCCCGCCAACAACAAAUACUCGCACCCGCUGUCCAAGGUCUUCACCGAUAUCCUUGCCACCUUCCCAGACCUUUCGGCUCUGCCUCAGCGCGUCGCCGUCCUGUACAUUAUGUUUCUCAUUAUGCGCUGGCAGAUCUCCCCGACCCAGGCCAACUACGACCGUCUCCCUGAGUGGGCCCGCCCCCGGCCCUCCCAGCUGUUCACCGAGCACCCGGCCUGGGUAGACCACGUGCCCUUCCCGGCCAUGCGCGAGAAGCUCUGCCGGGACUACAACCCGCGCGACUACCUGUUUGACAACUUCUUUGUGCCGUUCACGACGACCCUGAGCCUGAACUGGCCCUACGAGGAGACGGAUACCCUGCUGCAGGUGCCGGAUUCGGACGAGGUGCUGAUCAACCCGGUAUUCGAGCGACAUCUUCGGAGGCUGGAAAACUGGACACUCGGCCAGGCCUUUAAUCAAACAUUCCCAAAGCUCGCGGGCACGUACAACUUGAAGGUGUAACCUGACUCUGAAGGAGAGGAAAACACUCGAAGGGGGGGCGGGGGGUUCUGGUUAAAUCAGAAGGCGUUUGGCUUUUUAUUGAAAACGAAACGGACCACAUCUCACCUUUCUGUAUCAUAUAGAGGGGCUGAUGAGCGAUGUGCAAUCGGUUGUCGGCGUUGGAGGUUUUGGUUGAGUUGAGCGAUUGGGUGGAGGGGGGCCCAGGGACCACUAUCAUACUGUAUGGCGUUUGCUGGUCCUUUUGAGUAACCAAUAUCAGGUGGUCAGGCCCUAGACCCGUCGGUAAU